AUGGCGACGCGAAUUAAACCAGACAACGACAACGUCGACAUAGAUCCCGAGACUCAGGUAUCAGAAGAAUCACCCCUUUUACAGAAUACUUCUCCUCAACGAGAUGGACCAUCAAAGGCUUUUCGAAGACGCACUUUGGGUAUGUGCAUGUUGGCACUGCUCAUGGUAGAAGUCAGCCAAUUCAUCAUGAAUCCGCCUACUAAAAAGAUUAUCGAGGAUAUUAUUUGUCGCCAGCAUUACCCAGACCAUGCUAUUCAAUCUUAUUGGAUAGAGGAUCUGCGCUGCAAGGAUAGUCCCGUGCAAAAGACUCUGGCUAUGGUCCAGGGUUGGGCUCAGGCGUUUGAGAUGGGAGUUCACAUCUUUUCUAUAUGGGCUAUUCUAGGCGACAGCGUCUUCUUUCUUAUCGGUGGCGGAGGUCAAAUGGCUGUUGCAAUGGUUUAUACUAUUGUAGCCGACGUUGUCCCCGUCGCCGAACGAACAGACAUGUUCUUUCGUCUGGUCGCCCUGGUCCUCGUCUUCAACGUCAUCUUCAACCCCAUAUCCGCAUGGUUGAUGGAGUAUGACCCUUGGCUGUCCAUGUGGAUUGGGUUUGGCUUUAUGGUCUUUGGAACGCUGUGCAUUCUCCUCAUUCCCGAGACGAUGCACCUGAGACGCAAGGACGAAGACGAAAGACAUGAUGAGAACCAACAGGCAGAUGUUGUUCAUCUGAGCAAGGAUGGUGUGCUGAAGCAGGCUUGGUUCAGUAUCAAGAAUGACAUGCAGCAUGUCUGGAGAUUCAUAUUUGCUUCCAAGAGUAUCAUGAUGCUCAUGUUUUCUGUCGCUUUGUUUGUUCCGACGAGGAUAACACUUACCGGAGUGAUGCUGCAGUACAUGUCGAAGCGGUUUGACUGGUCAUGGUCAAAGGCUACAUAUAUAUCGACAAUCGGUAUCAUCGCUACAGUGGUGUGCUACCUCAUCGUCCUACCAGUAACAUCUGAUUCUCUCAACAAAUCUCGUCGCUACAAGUCACGCCCCAUCGCAAGAGAUCUCUUGCUGGCCCGUGUCUCCAUCGCAAUCAUGACAGUUGGUUUGUUGUUGAUGGGAGUAGCUGGAAGUCCAUGGCUUUUUAUUGUUUCUCUCAUCACAGUCAGUGUCGGUAAUUCGUUUGUCGCCCUCAGUAGAGCCCUGCUCAACGCUCUAGUUGAACCGCAUACUAUCGCCACAUUGAACACUACUGUUUCGGUUGUUGAAGUAUUGAUGGGCAUGACUGCGCCGGCUAUGAGCUGGGUUUUGGCCAAGGGUAUUGAAUUGGGGGAUUCAUGGAUGGGAUUGCCAUUUGUUAUUACUGGCAUGUUGGCUGUGAUGACGACUAUUAUGCUUUUUGCUGUGAGGCUUCCUUCAUCUGGCAUUGCUCAAGCUCAUGUUGGUUGA